AUUUUUUCCUUAUGAAACCAGAUCCAAACAAAAGCAAAUUAUGUAUGAGAGAAAUUGACAAAAAAAUUUGUUGGAUCCGUAGAAAGUGGUAGAUCAUUAAUUCUUAUAUAAAAAUUUGAAAUUAAAUUAAAAAAAAAGGGUCUUUUUCAGAAGAUUGCAUUUGACCCACAGCUUCAAAUUCUGUAACCAAAAAAAUUUCUCUCAACUAUUCAAAGACGGACUAUAGCUUGCUUAUACAUAUCCAAUGACAAAAAUACACAUUUAGUUAAGUUAAAAUCUGAUAUGCCUGUGAUAUAUCAUAGCAAUUGAAACUCUUUUAACUAUAUAAUUAAGAAUAAGCUAGCGGCGGACUUACCUCUCAGCCAUCUCCGAGAUAUCUGGGCAGUUAACUUGAAAGCUAACGACUUUUUGGCAAUUUUAAAUUAACAAUAUCAACAAUAGCAACAAUUCCAGUAGAUAUCAAGAAAAUGGCAGAGUUUCUGGGUAGCGAAUCGGAGUCCGAUACGAGGAAUUCCACCCACGGGAUCACGCCUAGAUCAUUCCCUUACCGCUGCCCCAAAAACUCCUCUGUCUCAGAUCUGUACCAACAAGACACGGUGCAGCAGAGUUGAUGGAAAACUGAAAAGGCCGGCGAUUGAGAGAAAAAAGGAGAGACCCAGAGGCUGCCCCGCUGGUGUAAGACGUGGAAGAUAAUCCGCGGCCACUGCGAGGUGAAGAAGAUAGAUCUCCGGCAGUGGAACGAUGUGGAUGACGAAGUUACUGCUGAGGGUGCCAAGAGGAAGAAAACGAGAUGGAGACAAUGAUGAUGAUGGCUAUGGUGAUCGUGAUUAGAGCAUAAAAAGGAAAAAAAAAAAAGUCUGGAUGGUGAUGGUGAUGACGAUGAUGAUGGCGGUGAUGAUGAUGGAAAAACUCGGGGAUGUAGGGAAGCGGCGAGGUGGACGGCUGCGGAUACCCGAGGAGAGAAAAGAAGAGAAAUCCCCCUUUUUCUCUUGUCUACUGCCCCACUGGUUCUGCC